CGCGGAGGAAGGGCAGAAGCCAGCCACCCCCCAGUCCCGGGGGCGGACCCUCCUCCGCAGCCGAUUCCUGGACAUCUCGUUUGCCUGCGGGGCGGCCGUACCCGGUGAAGACAGCCUCCGCAGAAGUAAAGGCGCCCUGAUGCGGCCGUGCCCUGCAGGCAGGACUCUGGCAAGCCCCUCGUUCUUCCCCAGCUGCUGUCCCUGGAGGUUCGGGGGCCUGCGCUGCGUCAGCUAUGAAAUUUCUGUUGGUUUUUGAUUUUGACCAUACAAUCAUAGAUGAAAAUAGUGACACCUGGAUUGUGAAAUGUGCUCCUGAAAGAAAACUUCCUAAUGAAUUAAGAAACUCUUACCAACCAGGACAUUGGACAGAAUAUAUGGGCAGAGUCUUUGUCUACUUGGGAGAUAAUGGUGUCAAAGAAGAAGAGAUGAAAAGAACUAUGACAACAAUCCCUUUCACUGCAGGAAUGAUAGAUCUUCUGGGAUUUAUUGGCGAGAACAAAGAGUUGUUUGAUUGUAUAAUUGUUUCAGAUUCUAAUACAGUAUUUAUUGACUGGAUUUUGAAAGCUGCUGACUUCCAUAAAGUGUUUGAUGAAGUGUUUACAAACCCUGCCACAUUCAGCAGUACUGGCUAUCUUACUGUACAGCAUUUCCAUGCUCACCAUUGUGCAAAGUGCCCUAAAAACCUUUGCAAAAGGAAAGUUUUAAAAGAAUUUCUAGAUAAACAGUUGGAGCGAGGAGUGAGUUAUACACAGAUUAUAUAUAUAGGUGAUGGUGGGAAUGACUUAUGUCCAGUAAUGUUUUUGAAGAAGAAUGAUAUUGCUAUGCCCAGGCAGGGAUAUACCUUGGAGAAAAGGAUUUCUCAACUGGCCCAAAGUCUCAGUCCUGUACAGUGUUCUGUUCUGGUUUGGUCAUCUGCAAUUGACAUUAUGUCUUACCUGAAACUGCUUAUAAAGGAAUGAUUCAAAUGAUAAAAGGCAACUGAUGCAGUUACAUCUUAACUUACUGGGAGAGAAAAACUGCAUGUGUAUAAAAGCUCAAAAUUGUAAAAUUGGGCUAUUAUCUGAAAUUAUGAGGGUUUUAACCACAACAUAAAACUGUUUAUGUUCAAUCCUGGUGAUAAUGGGAAAGCUCAGUAAAAAGGCCUUCUAACACAGUACAGAUUCCUACAUAAGUGGAGAAGGAAUGUUGGGACAGGACUUGUCAUUAGUUUCUGGCUACUCCCUCCCCUCCAACCCUUUACAAGUAUAUAACUGAUACAUACUUGCAAUCCCACACACUUAGGGGAAGGAGUAGGAUUCCUGUUCAAAAGAAUUAAAUCCUUUACUUAGGAAACAUUAGCUGCCAGGAGCAUGGUUCUAGAGCUGUUGGCCUUUAUACUUCUUUGAUCUGAUGGCAAAUUAUUUGCUUGUAAUCUUAUUUAAUCUGAAGAUGCAUUUAUAUUUUCAAUCUACUAAUUAUUUCACCGAACAAAAUUACUUCUUAAUAUUUUGUAUUAUCUUGUAUUGUAAAGACAAUAAAAGUUGCUGUCACUGAAAAAUGCAACACAACUAAUUUGUGUCAUGUAUUCUGCUGGCCUGUAUUUCAUCAGGCCUGGAGAGAAUAGACACAAGUGUAGGUGUAAGCCUUUAGCUGGCCAUACUGUUUCUCUUCUGGAAAGCUGCAAGGAUGUUGCUUUUUUGUUUAAAAGAAAAGUCUCACUCCCAUUCUGACUACUGCCCCGACAGCAUGCUGCUGCCACCCUGUAGAGAGCUGACAGUGGUUUGAUCUUCCAUGCUGGCAGCUCUGAUUCAGCCAGAUGCUUUUUUUCCUCCUUGGUUUCUGCUGCAGUGCACAGGCUCACAGAAUUGUACAUACAUAUACACGCAUACACUGAUUUUACCUAUUCAUUCUCAUUUAUAUCUACAGCACAAUCUCUUACAGUCUGGAAGGAAGUAUCUAUGUCCAUUUUAACUUUUAAACAGAUGGUUCUAAGUAGUUCUGAAGAAUUGUGACCAUGCAGUCUUUCCACUGGCAGUGAGGUGAGCCCCAAGUGUUGGACUGUCCAUAUAAAGGUAUUAAAAGCAAGUCUCAUUAAAGUUAAAUAAUGUGUUUUCAUGCCAAAUGUUUUUAUUCUUAUAUCUCAGAAAAGGUUCAAAAUGCUGAUGCAAUCUGCUGUUAAACUGAGGUCAUAUUUAGCUUAAGUGCUUUAAUAACUGAGAGAUUAGGCCAAAUUUCACAAUACCUCAGUUGCAGAUGUCUGAGGAGUAGCUCAGCAGCCUGCAGUUGCCAUAUCUGUCUUCCUUUGUUUUCUGUGCAAGGUUAUUCUUAUUUUCUUAUUGACAUUUCGUACUAUCACUGUCUUCUUUUUCCUUAAUUGAAGAUUUUUGAGUGGUCUUGCCUGUUUUCAGGCUGCUGGUUUACACAAAUUUCCCUUGUGCACUUCUUUCCUUGCCUCACCUAUUUUACUGUAUUGUAAAAAGUUGCUUUGAACAGUCUGUUGCCUGAGAUGUCCAAAGCAACAUACUUCAGUUCUCAGGAGCCUGGCUUUAGUGAUGGAUAUUUGGUAGGUGUCUGAGAUGUUCAUAUUUGGGAUCUUAGCCUAAUGUUUUACUCAAAGGCAUAAAGACAUUGAAGGACUGGUGGGUCUCAGGCUGUGGCAGGUUUAAGUUGUCUGGUUUACAGGUCAUACAGAAGAAUGGUAAUGGCUGUUGCAUAGGGCAAUUUCAUAUAUUACUUUGAGUUUGAAGUUGUUGCCAUCAUUUGACCCCAGAUGGCAGCUAAGUAGAGCAGCUUGUCCACUCCAAUCCCCCACUGAGUGGGGAGGAGAAUUGGUGAAAAAAUUAAAUCCUAUGAGUUUAGAUAAGAACAAUUUAAUAAUUGAAACAAAAUAAAAUAUAGUAGUACUAAGUUACUAUAAUUGUAAUGAAAAGGAGAGAGAAAGGAAUGAAGUGCAGGAGAAACAAGUGAUGUAGAAUACAUUGCUCAGCACCCGCUGCUGGAUGCCCAGCCCACGCCCGAGCAGUGCUGGGCCAGUUUCUGUACUGAGUGUGCCCUCCCAUGCUCUGGGAUAUCCCUUUGGCCUGUCCGGCUCAGCUGUCCUGGCCAUGCUCCCCCAGCUCCUUGUGCAGCUUCUCACUGACAGAGCAUGGGAAACUGAAAAGUCCUUGACUAUGGGUAAGCACCACUUAGCAACAACCAAAACAACAGUGUGUGGUCAACAUGAUUCUCUUAGUAAAUCCAAAACAGCACUAACCAGCCACUUAAAAGGAAAUGAACUCUAUUCCAGCCAAAACCAGGACAGUUGUAUGUUUCCUUAAUUCUAGAUGUGCUUCUGAAUGUUCCAGAUUCUGUGCUGGUCUCUUCUGUGUUUUUCAGAACUUAUGGAAUAGCUUGCUUUCAGUUUGUUCACAGAUCUUGGUUACUGCUUGCUUAAAAACAAACAGUAAAUAGUAUAUCAGUGAUCACUCCGCUUUUUCUUCCACUUACACUAUCUAUCGUUGUCUUAGCCUUAAGGGUCUGACCUUGUAAUUUGCUGUGAGAAUAAAAUAGUGGUGAGAAAUUGUUCUUCAUGCUCACAAAAGGGUUUUUCUGUGGUUUUGCUUAAAGUGCUGAAGCAGAAGUUGAGAGUAGAUUAAGGAGAGUACUUGAAAUAUUAGCAGUUAUGUUCUAAUCACUUCAGGUAGGGGGUAGAGCUGAUAUUUGCCAAACAAAGUGCAUGUUGGAGACAGAAGAAAAUUUUCAAUUCCAGUAGGCAGACCAUUAAGCUAUUAAUCAGGUCUUGUUUGGGUUUUUUUUCCCCACUUAAUAAAAGUGAGGACUUUAUUGAAACACUACAAUUACCAAAAUUUUCCACGUUUGGUUACAAUGGAGGGGAGAUGAGUAUCUCCAAAGAGUGAAGCUGGUUGAAGCUGGUAGCCCAACCAAAAGAAAGGAAAAAGCUCCUUAAAGGGGGAUGUUCAGUACUAAAUGUUGCUGACCUCCUGAUUUGCUCUCUGGGAGAGAAAUGAAUUAGGUAAAAAUGUUUUGGAAAAAAAAAUGCAUAAUGAAAGUGAUAUAUGUAUGGGAAAUGUUUUCUGUGGUAGCAGGUGUGCUGUCAUAUGCCACAGCUAUGCAAGUACUUAGCCUUAGUUUUGUGUGCUAGUGCAAUAGCCAAGACUUGAAAGAAGUUCCUGCUUGUCCACAGGAAGCUGAUGAAGUGGAAAAUGCAACCAAAACAAAGCUGUUGGCAUGGGGAUGUAUAAAGACUUAAGGCUGCACAAGAGAAUUUUCUGGAUAAAGAAAUGGGAGUCAUGUAGCUGAGGGACAGGCCCAUGUCAGACAGCAGAGCUGUUGUGAUUCCUGGGUUACAGUAGAAAACUCCAAUUCUCUGGGUUAACAAUGCAUCCAGAGGGGUUGAAAAAAAUGAAGGCAUAGAUGUGUAUAGGUGUGGGGAAAUUUUAGUUUUGUUGGGGUUUUUUUGUCUGUUUGGAUAUUUUUAUUUUUGUCUCAUGUUACUGUGUAAAGGCCAAGGGACAGUUUGAAUCCUGGUGAAGGGUUAGCAUGAGAGGAAGGAUGGCAGAGGGUUUAGACCACAUACACUUUCCUGUUUGGAUUUCCUUAGUUCAUACUUCUGCUGGGCUUUGUGGCAGAAAUACCACCAGUAAAUAAAAGAAAAAUACAAUGCU